AACCAUUCAAAAUGGCGGAUAACAACAAUUUUCGAUUGCAUCUUGAAGAUACAUUAGGGUCUUCUGUGAAGCUAAGAACCAAGUCAGAAGCUUUUUUCCUUUAAGAAACCUUCUAUUACGCUAUGGACUGCGGGUUUUAAACGAUAUUAAUUUCACACGGAAACAACGUGGAACGAAACGUUUGGAAAGAAACUUUAUUAUUGAAAGAAUGACUUGCAUAGCUUGUGAUUUAGUGGUGAGUAAUUGCACUUUCUGGUCACUUCUAGAAUCAAUUGUCGAAUUCUCGUUGAGCUCGCCACGCCAAAAGCAGGAUUUUUUUGUCCUUUUUAAGCCAGCAGGUUCCUUGUUCUACUGAUUCACUCAUUCGUCUUGUUUACUGAUUUAUUCCGCUUUAUUUUUAUUAAUUAUUUUUUUUUUUUUUUGACAGCAACUGCAACUGACUGCGUUUAAUGGUACGCUACGAUGCUUUACAUAGGAGAUGUUCGGCCAUUUUCAAUUAUUCGUGUGGUGCUCUUAGUGUUUGCAUUAUCCAACCAAGUUUCUGAAGCCAGAGAGUAUAUAAAUGAAGGUAAAUUCUGCAAUAGGCCGAGUGGCCCAUCUACCAUGUCUACCCGAGACUUACUGGGUUUCUGUAACAUAAAGCCACUCCCUCUCCCCUGCAUUUCGUCUACCCCGCUGGCAAGCGCUAUUGUGGGGUGUAUCAGCUGGAGAGCUUCCUCUCAGGCUGGAGAGAGGCUAUGUGAGAAUAAAAUGAAGCCUGAGUAAGAGUAAAAGCCUGAGUGAGAGUAAAAUGCUGUGCUUAAGAACACAGCACAACGACCCGGGCCUGAGGCCCAUUCUCAAAAGUUCCGGUCACGAACAGGGCUUGAAGUCAUAUUUUGAAAUAGAAAUCUAAAGUUAAGAGAAGCAGGUUUAGUCAGCCUAACCAGUCCAUUUUGUUUUUUAAGCAGAUAGUUUUGUUGUACAAUUUUUUUUAAAACAUUGGAAAUCCCCAUCUUGAAGGAAAACAGAACAGCUUUACGGGCCCGUUAAAUUACCGGAACAUUCGAGAAACGGACGCCUGGUCUUGAACACGGACAUUUCGGCUAGAAGUCAGCAUGCCAACUAUGAGGCCAUCGUGUCUCCCAACGGGAAGAAUAAAAUCACUUUUAAAAUGAAAAAAGAAAGAAUGCAAUAACAUCAUUAAAUCUCCUUAUAGCGAUCUUUUCAAAAAAAAUAUCCCCGCCCUUAUCACUGCAUUCCCUCAACUGAAACUGUUUUACAGUCUUGUUUUGUUUGUUUUAUAUUAAGAAACUCGUUACGAGGCUCCUCAUCGCAGGCAAUGUAAGGCCUCGUCGCCACCAUUUUUCGCCGGGAACAGACAUCCAGAGGGUCUUCCAGGUAUCACUCGGGGACAAGAAAUUCGUCAGUUACUUCCUGAGGAUCCCCCAGGAACUCAUCCCUACUUUAUUUCACUGUUUGACCCGGACAGAAAUAUCCCCUUUUAUUCCGCAUACAAAGUGACUGCACAGCAAGCGCCCUUCAUUGGAAAAUACAGCCGAAGAGACGUAAAAAGAAGAAAAUUUAGGAAUCCUCCAGGUAUUACUCUUGUGAUAUUUACGAGUCUUUGAUUUUUUCACUCAGGGGUAGUUUCACCUGCGGCGGAAUCGUUCCUGAAGUCGUUGUUGGAGUCGUGAGAGCGCUUCCAACCAAGUGAAAAUAAAAAAAGAGUGUGAUUAUUAAGGAAUCUCAGCGGGCUGGAAGAAUCAGAACGGGUCCAGUUUCUUCCGACUCCGCUAUAGCUGCGACACAUAUUAUCCAACGAAAUUUAAGUUAUCACUUACGACACCAACAAUCCAGUGUCCCCAGAGCACAGACAACGGAGCUGAAAAUUUGUUAUUUAUUUAUCUAUUUUUUUUCAGUAAAUUCUCCAUAAACAAGUAGCAGAAUACUUUGAAUACCUCUCUCUUCCAGGUGUCCCUGGUUUGAACAAUGCCUACAAAAGAGCGAUACAACAAGAGCCUCUCAGCAGGGGGCACAUGAAUCCUGUCGCCAUAAAUACAUUUGAUAUAAAUUUCAUGAAAGCUACAUUCACCCUCACUAAUACAAUCCCGCAAUACGUUGCAUCUAACAGCGGACCUUGGCAGAUUUUUGAGGCUAAAAUCCGCCGCUACGCUGCAGGUAUGUGUGGAGGUCGAGCCCGCCAUGGAACUUUGUUCUUACUAACCGGAUCCUCGGAAUUUAGCCUUGCAAAUUAUCUUGAAGAAAACGGAGAAUCAUUUCAUUCAAAAGUGGUCCUCGAUGGUGUAAAUCUUGCCAUACCCCGUGCUGUUUGGACAGCGGGUUGCUGUGUAUGGAAGGAGUCUAACGAUACAAGAGUCCAAAGAGCAGAGUCUUUUGCGGUCAUUAGUAACAAUGCCAGGGAUCAAAAAUGGCUCAACCAGACUGAAAUGAAUGUAUCGGAGCUGGAGAAACACCUUACAUCGCCAGGCUCGCCAUUGGUAGAUUUGUUCCCUGGGGAUCAACUCUGCAGACUCCCUGAGAACAAUAUAAAACUACAAUAGAGUGAAUUUUGAUUUAGUCCCGUUUAACCAAAACUAACGUUAUCAGUGCAGCCAAUCAGAAAAAAGGCAAUUAUCACAAGGAACAAAUGAGAACUCAAAGUAAAAAAAAAAAUUUAAAAAAAACGAGCAAACUUCCUGGGGCGCGGAGAAGCGCGAUUGACCAGGACACGAUUGGGUGAAUAAUAAUAAUGAUGAUGAUAAUUAUAGUAAUAAUCAUAAUUGUAAUGAUAAUGAUACUACUCAAUGAGGAGGCCUUGCUCGCCAUGACGGUUUUCAGUGAGGCCCUCAGAGUUCGUAAAGUUUUAAUGUCCCACCCUAAUUUCUUUUUUCUAACAAUAUUCCAAUAAACGCAGCUGUACUUCUAUCUUUCUAUCUAAGCUUAUCGCUCCUACUGGGGCAUGAAAGAUAGUCCGCCAGAGACCUCUGUUCUGGGCCAUGACUGGCCGGCCUUUCUGAUGUCAACCUCAAGAUCACGACGCUAACUGUUCCUUGGUCGCUCUCUCUUUCUCUUACCCUGGGGAUUCCAGCAGAGGGCCUGUCUUGUAACACUUUGUGUUGUUUUGCAAAGGGUGUGCCCUAUCCAUUUUCAUCUUCACCUUCUGAUUUCAUCUUCUGCUGGUAUUUGGUGGGUCUGCCUCAAGGUUUCUGCUCCUUACAAGAGGACUGACUUGACAUUGGAGCAGAACAGUCUGAUCUUGGUCCUCUUUUUUAUCUCCUUGAAGCUCCUGAUGAUUUUUGCUGUAUAAAGGAGGCUGUGGCCUUGCCGAUUCGUGCUAUGACGUCUGCGUCUGUGCCACCUUGCCUAGCGAUAGUGCUACCUAGAUAAACAGAUGUUUCCACCUUCUUUAGUGGUUUCCCUAUCCAGAGAUUUUGGUUCUGGGAUGCUGGUGUUGAUUUUGAGGAUCUUGGUCUUUUCCUAAUGUAUCUUAAGGCCAAUUUGUGUAGAGGUGGCUCUUAGCACUGUGGUCUAAUUUUGCAUCUGAUGUUGGCCGUGAGAAAGCAGCGCCAGUCUAGGUCAUCUGCAAAGUCUGCGGUACUUGUGCUUGUGUAAAUGAUUAUUCUAUAGCCUGUGAGCCUGUGGUAAGAUUGGAGACGAGUGGGGGGAAGCAUUUCAGAAAACAAAGGGUCAUAUAGGGUCGACGUGACUACUUCGGUUCGUAGUCUUGACUACGAAUAUGAAGCUAUGCUAAUUACAACGAUUAUUUGGUUUUUCUUUCCAUGUAACUGGUGGAACUUCGGGACGUUCCUUGGAUGGAAUACCCAAUCCGGUUCAAGGCUACCAGUUUUGUACAAAAAGACCAUAACGUGUGGUUUGUAAACAGCAGCUGCUCUGAUUGUUACUAAAUAAAUAUUUUUGUUCAAAGAGAUCGCCAGGAAAUAGGGGACAGAUGGUUGGGACGUUUUUAGAUCACAGGUAAGGGCGGCCGGGCUGCUUAGCAAAAUUCAAAAUGGAGACGUCUGUAACCGAAUGUUUGGUGUAUUUUGAGACAAAUUUUAAGGGCUAGGUUACUCUUUAGAAUUCCACACUGCCGUAGCGUCAAAAUUCCUUAAUUCUUUUGUAUGGCGAAGACACAAAUCAUUUCCUUUUGGAACAUACAUUCCCUUGAAAUUAACAUUGCACAGUCAAAUAAAGCCACUUCUAUUCAGCAAUUAGUCUUUAUUACGGUUAUGGCAAUAUUUACUACAGAAACAUUUCUGCUGAUCCCUCCUCCAAGCUACUUGCCAUGGGUGCUGUAAAUACUGCAAAUAUAAACAGAAAAAUAAUUUUGAAUAACACAAUGACGGCUAUUUAAGGGGAUUAAAGUUUGUCCGUAUAACCCAAGCAAAUCUUCGACGCUACUAAGCACGCUCGUUUCGCUUAGAUUCUUGUGGCUUUUUUGAUGUUUUUUCAAUUUUAACCUUGCAAGGCAUCAUUUGUAAUGUAUUUUCCACAAUGAUGUGUUUCCUUACCUUCUUUCGGCCGGCACCUCUUCACCUGAAACUGAACAAUCAAAUAAUAAUUUGGUAAGCUUAGUUUCGCAAUCAUUAUAUAUUAACUUCAAGGCACAAGGCACAGCGGAGGAAAAAUUAGCUAUUGUCUAACAGACAUCUUUAUCCAAGUUAUUAAUUCAUAGUCAACAAGUUAUGUAAGUAAACAAGUGGAUCGAAAUGAACCUUUUUGUCCUGUUCAAUGGCCCGGCAUUCUUUCACC